UCGGGUCCCCCGUCCCCCCGCCCCAACUCUGGUCGCCCUAUGGUGUGAGCUACCCCACCCGGCUUUCCCAGGGUCCGGGGGCGGCCCUGGGACCCCACGGCCCCCUCCCCUUUCCCCUCAGGUGAUUGGAGAGUGAGCGGCAGCCUCCCCCCCCCGUGCCCCUCCCCGCCUCCAGAAGACUCCCCCCCGCCCGGCCAUGGCUGCCGAGACCCUCAACUUCGGGCCCGAGUGGCUGCGGGCGCUGUCGAGUGGGGGGAGCGUGGCAUCCCCCCCGCCGUCGCCCGCCAUGCCCAAAUACAAGCUGGCCGAGUACCGCUACGGGCGGGAGGAGAUGCUGGCACUUUACGUCAAGGAGAACAAGGCCCCGGACGAGAUGCAGGACAAGGAGCUCACUGCCGUGUUGCAGGAGGAACCACUGCAGCCCCUGGCACUGGAGCCACUGACGGAGGAGGAGCAGAGGAACUUCUCCCUGUCCGUGAACAGUGUGGCCGUGCUGAGACUCAUGGGUAAGGGGGCAGGCCCCCCACCGGGCAGCGUCUCCCGCGGCCGGGGCAGCACCAGGAGCCGAGGCCGGGGCCGAGGCGAGGGCGGCUUUUACCAAAGAAGCAUCGAGGAGGGCGACGGGGCUUUCGGCCGCAGCCCCCGCGAGAUCCAGCGCAGCCAGAGCUGGGAUGACAGAGGCGAGAGACGGUUCGAGAAGACGGCGAGGAGGGAUGGAGGUAAGGGAGAGCUUGGGGGCGGGCGGACCCGGGGCGGGCCGGGGCGGCGGGGUCCGUCAGCCCCCGGCCGGACGCCUUCCCUCUCCCCGCCCUCAGCGCGUUCCGGGUUCGAGGACGGGGGACCGGGCCCCCGGAAGGAGCACGCCCGCUCGGACAGCGAGAACUGGCGCUCCCUGCGGGAGGAGCAGGAGGAGGAGGACGAGGGCAGCUGGCGGCUUGGUGGGGGCGCCCGGAGGGAGAGCGACCGCUGGCACUCUUCCAGCCCCGACGGCGGCCCCCGCUCAGCAGGCUGGCGGGAGCACGGGGAGCGGCGGCGCAAAUUUGAGUUCGAGCUGCGGGGAGAGCGGGCCGCGGGCGGCGAGGAGGAGGGCCGGGGCGGGGGCCCCCACCCUCGCAGGCCCCGCGGCCCCGACGGCCCGGACGACGACAAGGACGGGCUCCCCGAGUGGUGCCUGGAGGACGAGGACGAGGAGAUGGGCACCUUCGACUCCUCCGGGGCCUUCUUGCCCCUCAAGAAGGGCCCCAAGGAGCCCAUUCCCGAGGAGCAAGAGCUGGACUUCCAGGGGCUGGAGGAGGCGGAGGAGGAGCAGCAGCGGCCAGCCCGGGGGCCGGAGGGGGACGGGACCCAGCCAGGUGGGAAGGAGCCCGCACAGCGUGAGGAGAAGGCCCGGCCCCCGUCGCCCCCGGCCGCCCCCGCCCCGCUCUGGGGGUCCGACAGGGAGGGGGCCGGAGCCGGCGACAAGGAGGCUCCGGCAGCUGAAGGCGAUACAGCGGUGGGCGCCCAGCUGGGCCCUGGGGACGGCUCGCCCCCCGCCUCCUCUCCCUCGGCCACUCUUGGGGACACGGAGGACGACGAGGGCAUGAAGCACCUGCAACAGGAGGCGGAGAAGCUGGUGGCCUCCCUGCAGGACAGCUCCCUGGAGGAGGAGCGUUUCACGGCCGCCAUGCAGGGCCAGGGGUCCCGGCUCCCGGCGGCGGCGGCGGCGCUCCCCCUCAGCCACGGAGCCGCCCGAAAGUGGUUCUACAAGGACCCUCAGGGGGAGAUCCAAGGCCCCUUUGCGACGCAGGAGAUGGCGGAGUGGUUCCAGGCCGGCUACUUCUCCAUGGCCCUGCUGGUCAAGCGGGGCUGCGACGAGGGCUUCCAGCCGCUGGGCGAGGUCAUCAAGAUGUGGGGGCGCGUGCCCUUCGCCCCGGGCCCCUCCCCGCCGCCGCUCCUGGGGAACCUGGACCAGGAGCGUCUGAAGAAGCAGCAGGAGCUGGCCGCCGCCGCCCUGUACCAGCAGCUGCAGCACCAGCAGUUCCUCCAGCUCCUCCGCUGGGGGGACCAGAGCGGGGGUCCCGAGGGGACGGGGCGCCGGGACACGGAGCCGGCCGGGUCCCCCCCGCCUCCCCGCCGCAGCCGCCAGUUCCCCCAGUGCGCCCUCCAACAAAAGGUGGCAUCGGGCGACCUGACCCCGCCGCAGCAGCAGCAGCUCACGGUGUUUCUGCAGCAGCUUCAGGCUCUCAAACCCAGAGGUGGGGACCAGAACCUGCUCCCGACGAUGACCCGCUCCAUUUCGGUGCCGGACUCGGGCCCCCUCUGGGACAUUCAUACCUCAGCCUCAUCGCAGUCAGGCGGUGAGGCCAGUCUGUGGGACAUACCAAUUAACUCUUCGACUCAGGGUCCAAUUCUAGAACAACUCCAACUGCAGCAUAAACUCCAGGAGCGGAGGGACGCAGAACUCAGGGCGAAGCGGGAAGAGGAGGAGCGGAAACGGCGUGAGGAGAAGAGACGGCAGCAGCAGCAGCAGGAGGAGCAGAAGCGGCGGCAGGAGGAGGAGGAGCUGUAUCGGCGAAAGCAGGUGCGGCAGCAGGAGCUGCUCCUGAAGCUGAUUCAGCAGCAGCAGCAGCAGGCGGGGUCCCCGGCUCCUGGCUCUCCGCCGCUGCCCUGGGCCGGCCUGUCCAAGCCCGUGCUGUCCAUGAAGGCCCUGCUGGAGCUGCAGCUGGACGCCGAGAGGCAACUGCACAAGCAGCAGGGGCACCGGGAAACGCCCCGGGCCCAGGGCCCUGCCCAGCGACCGCUCACGGGCCUGUCGCAGUGGGCGGCCGAGGCGGGGCCGCUGUGGGGCGGGCCGGACAAGGCCGGCGGAGGCCUGGGCCUCUGGGAGGACGCGCUCAAGGGCGGCGGCGGCGGCGGCGGCGGGGGCGGCCUGGCCCGCAGCCUCAGCCUCAAGAGCAGCCGCAGCAGCCCCUCCCUCAGCGAGCUGUACGGGCCCUGCGGCCGGCCGGCCCGCAAGAAGACGGACGAGGAGGAGAAGCUGCUGAAGCUGCUGCAGGGGAUCCCCAGGCCCCAGGACAGCUUCACCCAGUGGUGCGAGCAAAUGCUGCACGCCCUCAGCGCCACCGGCAGCUUGGACGUGCCCAUGGUGGUGGCCGUCCUGAAGGAGGUGGAGUCCCCCUACGACGUCCACGACUACAUCCGCUCCUGCCUGGGGGACACGCUGGAAGCCAAAGAGUUCGCCAAACAGUUCCUGGAGCGCCGGGCCAAGCAGAAGGCCAGUCAGCAGCGGCAGCAGGAGGCCUGGCUGAGCUCCGGGGGGGCCUGUCUGCAGAACAACCACGGCUCCAAGCUGGAGCCCGGAGGGGCCGCCAAGGCCAAGAGGAGAGCGCUGGUCCUCCACGCGGACCCCAGCAUCCUGGGCUACUCACUGCACGGCUCCCCGGGCGAGAUUGAGACCAUGGACGACUACUGAGCGGCCUCCCCGCCCCCCAGGAUGGGGACACGGGGGACCCGCUCGGACCCCUGCCUCACCACCCCCAGUUGGAGAGGCGGGGACGGGGGGCAGCAGCCCCAAAAAGAGGAGGAGGAGGAGGAGGAGGAGGAGGCCGGGCCUCAGCACUUGUUACAAACCACAAUGCACCUUAACCCAUCAC